GUGCUACAUGCCUCGAAAGAGCCUCGUGUGGGAGGAAUGCACAACCGUUCUCGUCCGGGGCACACAAGCAUCAAAUUGGCCGCAAUGGAGGUUAAGAGGUACCUGAUCCGGAACACAUCGAAUCAAUGGAUGAUGGAUCUCAAUGCGGCAGAAAAAAAAAGUUGGAGAAACAAUGGGCAAGAGAGAGAGAGAUGACGAUCAUGAGGAGCACGCCAAGGAAAGCCCACCUUUGACGACAACCUGGAAAAGACAUGGGCAAGACACGGAACCUGGAAUCUGGGAUCGAGAUCAGCAUGCCUCUGCUGGUAUUUCGUCCCAAUUCUUCUCUUCGCUUGUCUGGCGUGGCCUGCUAUGAUGAAGUGGAAGGCACGGCAAGCUUAUUGCAACCUUGACUGCAUGUAGAACUGGCAGCUGCCCCGCAGAAUUAUUAAAGUGCUGAUUUCUGGGCUUGACGACACCACCAUUCCCAAACGCGCCUGCCUCUCUUGUGAGUGCAAGGUGGAAAGUAUAGAAGAGAGCAGAAGCCCAAGACGGCCUGCCUUCUGUCCGAUCUUGUCACUCCCAUCCCCGGGCCCGUCCUCGUGCCCCUGCCGACCCUGCUCCUGCCCGCUCCUGCCCGCUCCUGCCCACUUUAUAUCUUGUGUCUGUCUGCCCCCCAUAUCGACCACUCCUGAGUUCCUUCCCGCCCACCCUGCCCUGCUUAUUCCUUCUCCCAUCACACUCUCCGAUCGCCGAGUCAGACUUUCUUCAGCACUGACCGACUGAACAACAACAGCACCCUCACUCCACCCCUGCCUCUUCAUCUCACAAUUAUAGCCGCAUAAGAACCCAACCGUGUGUGAACAGCCUUCACAAUGGUACCGCCGGUGCAUCGCGGCCUCGUGGCAGGCGCUGCACUCGCGAUCUGGGCAACCGCAGUCGUCGCCAUCCCUCAGGCUCUUUGGGUAAACGGCUCGGUGGUCGCGCCUUGCGACUCGCCCUUGUACUGCCAGGGUGAUGUUCUCAAGGCCAUCCAGCUUGCCCAUCCCUUUUCCGACUCCAAGACAUUCGUCGACAUGCCCACUAUCAAGCCUUUGGAUGAAGUUCUGGAGGCCUUCAAGCAACUCUCUCUGCCCCUCAGCAACAAUACUGAGCUGCAGAACUUCUUCCGCGAGAACUUUGCCCCCGCGGGUGGUGAGUUGGAAGAGGUUCCUAAGGAAGAACUCGAGACCGACCCUGUCUUCUUGGAGAGAGUCGCGGACCCGGUCGUCAGGGAGUUCGUGAGCAAGGUUAUUGACAUUUGGCCCGACCUCACAAGACGAUAUGCGGGUGGUUCCAACAACUGCACAGGAUGCGCCAAUUCUUUCAUCCCGAUCAACCGCACCUUUGUGGUUGCCGGUGGCCGGUUCCGUGAGCCGUACUACUGGGAUUCCUAUUGGAUUCUGGAAGGUCUCCUGCGCACCGGUGGUUCCUUUGUGGACAUCUCCAAGAACAUCAUCCUCAAUUUCCUUGACCUGGUGGACACUGUCGGCUUCGUUCCCAACGGUGCCAGGGCUUACUAUCUGAACCGCAGUCAGCCACCUGUGCUCUCAUUGAUGGUCAAGGUGUACAUCGAGCACACCAAUGAUACAAGCAUUCUGGAGCGCGCAGUGCCACUUUUGAUCAAGGAGCACGAGUUCUGGGCCACCAACCGGACAGUUGAGGUUGAGAAGAAUGGCAAGAAGUACACUCUCAACAGAUACUUCGUCAUUAACAACCAGCCCCGUCCCGAGUCCUACCGUGAGGACUACAUUACAGCCAACAACGAGAGCUACUAUGCCGAGACAGGUAUAAUAUAUCCUGUUAAAACGCCCCUCAACGAGACCGAGAAAGAAAAGGUCUAUGCCAACCUCGCAAGCGGUGCGGAAUCUGGCUGGGACUACAGCUCUCGUUGGCUUCGCACGCCUCUCGACGCAGCCGAGGACAAGUACUUCCCUCUCCGUUCUCUCAACGUGCUUGAGACUAUUCCCGUCGAGUUGAACUCGAUUCUCUACCAGAACGAGGAGAUCAUCUCUUGCUUCCUCAAGCAGCAGGGCAACGAGACCGAAGCCGAGAAGUGGGCUGCCAAGGCGAAGACUAGAAGCCAGGCCAUGUACGACGUCAUGUGGAACUCAACUCUGUGGUCGUACUUUGACUACAAUCUCACAUCUGCCUCGCAAAACACCUUCAUUCCUGUCGAUGAGGAUGUCAGAGCUAGGGAGACUGGCCCGGCACCUCCUGGACAGCAGGUUUCGUUCCAGAUUGGCCAACUGUUCCCGUUCUGGACAGGCGCGGCCCCCAACCACCUCAAGAACAACCCCUUGGCGGUUCAAAGGGCCUAUGCGAGAGUUGCGGCGAUGCUCGAGGAGAAGGCCGGCGGGAUCCCUUCCACAAACUAUUUUACUGGACAGCAGUGGGACGAACCUAAUGUCUGGCCUCCCUUGAUGCACGUCUUGAUGGAGGGCCUCCUCAAGACACCACCUACCUUUGGCGAGGAUGAUUCCUCAUACCAGGCCGUUCAGGACCUGAGCUUGAAGCUCGCGCAACGCUACAUCGACUCCACUUUCUGCACCUGGUAUGCCACCGGUGGCUCAACCUUCGAGACGCCCAAGCUUCAAGGCCUAGCCCCAGAGGCGAAGGGAACCAUGUUUGAGAAGUACAGCGACAACGCCACGACUGUGGCUGGUGGGGGUGGCGAAUAUGAGGUUGUCGAAGGGUUCGGCUGGACCAACGGCGUAGCUAUCUGGGCAGCUGAUACUUUUGGCGACAAGCUCAAGAGGCCAGACUGCGGUGAUAUCGAGGCAGCUAACGUCCAUGCUAGGAGAGGCGGCGGUCUUCUGCCUCCAGGAUUCACCAAGCCUGACAAGAGAGCCGACAAGAAGGAGGAUCAGCUCGAGAAGAGAGGCAGGUUCGCCGUCGAACUUGACUCGUGGGAUGCCCAGUGGGUGAAGAAGUUUGGAGGCAACAAGGGCCAGAGAAAGUAG